AUGGUACGUUAGUUUUUUUAAACUUUUUACGAUUUUAGAGGAUUUGAGAGAGAAUCAAGGCUAUUGGGAUAUUAUAGCAGGGUUGGUGGAGGAUUUUUUAAUGCUGUAAAGCUGAGACAAAAGUUGAAAGCCCGGGGUCUUUUGUAAAACCUUCUAGAGAUUCUGCUGAAGGUUCAGUUUAAUUUUCACGCUUUUUUAUAUUUAGCUUUAUAUUAAAAUGGUAUAUUUUUAGAGAGAAGUCAUUUCCAUCCAUGUUGGACAAGCCGGUGUCCAAAUCGGUAAUGCCUGCUGGGAACUCUACUGCAUGGAGCACGGAAUCCAACCCGACGGUCACUUGCCAAGUGAUGCCCAAUCCAGUGGCGACGAUUCCUUCUCCACCUUCUUCUCUGAAACUGGAAACGGAAGAUAUGUUCCAAGAGCUGUUAUGGUCGAUUUGGAGCCCACCGUCAUUGGUAAGUUAAGGUUUUUUGGUGUUUUAUAUUUAGGAAAGACUAGUCUUUGAUGUUUUGAAUGGUUUGUGAUAAUAAGAUGUUUAGUUUUGAUGUUAUGGGGCUUCUAAGAUGUUGUAGCAGAUGUAAAGUUGAUGUUUACUAGUUUUUGGGUCGUAUUAUUUUUACAAACCCAGUUGGAGGCUUGACUUUUUCGGAAGUUUUAGGUUGUGUAGUGCGAUUUAUAAGUUGAAAGACAGAUUUUUCAUAUUUGAAGUAUAAAAUUAUUUUUAGACGAAAUUCGUACCGGCACCUACAAGCAAUUGUUCCACCCAGAACAAUUGAUCAGCGGAAAGGAAGAUGCUGCUAACAACUACGCUCGUGGUCACUACACCGUCGGCAAGGAGAUCAUCGACCCUGUCUUGGACCGUAUUCGUCGUUCGGCCGACAACUGUUCCGGACUCCAAGGAUUCUUGAUCUUCCACUCCUUCGGCGGAGGAACUGGCUCUGGCUUCACUUCUCUGUUGAUGGAACGUUUGUCUGUUGACUACGGUAAGAAGUCCAAGUUGGAGUUCUCGAUCUACCCAGCUCCUCAGGUCUCCACGGCCGUGGUCGAGCCCUACAACUCGGUCUUGACUACCCAUACCACCUUGGAGCACUCGGACUGCGCGUUCAUGGUCGACAACGAAGCCAUCUACGACAUUUGUCGCCGCAACUUGGACGUUGAAAGACCUAGCUACACUAACUUGAACCGUCUCAUCUCUCAAGUGGUCUCUUCCAUCACCGCUUCACUGAGAUUCGAUGGUGCCUUGAACGUUGAUCUCAACGAAUUCCAGACCAACUUGGUACCAUACCCAAGAAUUCACUUCCCUCUGGCCACUUAUGCUCCAGUCAUCUCGUCGGCCAAGGCCUACCACGAGUCUUUGAGUGUUGGUGAGAUUACCAACGCUUGCUUCGAAUCUCAAAACCAGAUGGUGAAGUGUGACCCAAGACAUGGUAAAUACAUGGCUGUGUGUCUGUUGUACCGUGGUGAUGUUGUCCCAAAGGACGUGAACGCUGCCAUUGCUACCAUCAAGACCAACCGGUCGAUUCAGUUUGUUGAUUGGUGUCCAACUGGCUUCAAGGUAAGGUUUUUUGAUGUUAAAGAGGAUUUUUGGACAUUAAACUUAGUUGAAAUUGAAAUUUAGAUAUAAAUGACGAUUUUGAAAGGUUGGAAGUGGAAUUUGGAUGGAAGAUGUUCAGUGCAAAAUACAAUAAAAAUCUUCAAGUCAAUUUCCACUUUAAAAUUUCCAUAACAAAACCUUGUUUCAGGUCGGUAUCAACUACCAACCCCCAACCGUCAUCCCCAACGGUGAUUUGGCCAAGGUUCCUCGUGCUGUGUGCAUGUUGUCCAACACCACAGCCAUCGCCGAGGCUUGGGCCCGCCUUGACCACAAGUUUGAUCUGAUGUAUGCUAAGAGAGCCUUCGUGCAUUGGUAUGUUGGAGAAGGUAUGGAGGAGGGCGAGUUCUCCGAGGCUCGCGAGGACUUAGCCGCUUUGGAGAAGGACUACGAAGAGGUGGCCAUCGACUCGACCGACGCCGUUGGAGACGAGGAAGAAUAUUAA